AUGUCUGCUUCUGACAACAUCCCCGGACGAGAGCUUGUCCGCUCGUCGCCCACAGCCCAAACGAGAGGGCGCGUCGUAACUGUCGAGGAUGUCAAGAACAGGACAUGCUGGAUCUGCCAGCUCGGCGAUGAGGAUGACGAUGAGGAAAGGAAGAUGCAGAUGCAGAGCAAAGCGGCUUGGCAACGUCGCAACAAGCAGCUCGACAGCCAUCUCCGCUGGCUCCAUAGCUGCCACUGCUUCCUCAUCGCCCACGAGUCCUGCCUCCUGAAUUGGAUCCACUGCAUGUCCAAACUCGACAAGAAGGCAGACAACGUAAAGGCAGAUCGUGCCCUGCGUAAUGUUCUCGGCAUGGCGGAGGUAGGCAUUUUUGCGGGGUCGUUCGCAUUCGCCUGUAUCAAAUACGGAGAGUACGCGACAAGAGCCUGGUUGGGCAAGGCAGCUGCCAAAGCCUUGCUUGAUUCAGGUCGUGGGAGUAUGAAGCUCUUCUUCGUACCCCUCGUUCUAUUGCUCAGCCGCAUCCCUUGUCUUCCCGACGAUAUAGAACUCCGUUUGCGCUACCUGCAGUCGGCCGUCCCUCUUUGCCAUGACAUGGCGCAUGUCCUCUCCGCCCUUGCGGCCUCUGCCAAUGCUUUGACUAGGGACGGAGGCCAGUGGUCUGAGAGAGGUCAAUUAUUCACUGUGGCGACUAGUCAUGCUGCACUGGGAAGUCGCCUGGUGGAUGUACUACGACACCUUCACCCGCCGACGCUGGCGUGGUCCUUUGCGCUGCUGCCCUGGUAUCGCGCUGCAUACGGUAACCUCAGGUAUCGACUCACAGAUUGGCUACUGGAACCGCUUGUCGCGCAAGCAAAGAACCGUACCGGACAGCAGCAGACGCAGACCCAACCUCGGCCUUUCAAUGCAGUUCGAGUGGGCGGGCAACCUCGUCCGCAACUACAAGAACGCGCGCAGUACUUUCACUUCACUCCAGUCGGCUUCGGGGUCCGGGAUGAUCCUGAUAUCGAUGUAGACGGGCAAGCUCAGCCUCCUCCCCUGGGUCUGGACGGCAUAACGGACGGCCCUGAUCCAGUCGCUCAGGCAGCCGCUCGCGAAGCCAUCAGGCGGGGAUUACUCCCGCCGAAUCCCACGAUUCUGACUCACUAUUACUCGCCGCGCAGCGUGUUGACAUUGAUUCGGAUCACGCUAGGGACCCCUUUCAUGGCUGCGCUGGUCGGCGCAGGGCUGCAAGGUGUUGCGAUGUCGAUGAGUCCCGGCAACUGGCUGGAGAGGUUGCUCGCCGUCUCUGCAUUCCGAAAGGGCGGGACGAGUGUGGCUGGUAAUUGUUCGACGGCGAGGGUUUGCGGAGUGCCCUCCUUGCAUUGGAGGAACACGGUAGCACUCGGGCUGUACGUAUUUGCCUGCGAUGCGGUGAGCCUAGGCUAUCGUUACCUGCGAUUGAAGAGAAGGGCAUCUUUGACUGUUGAGGACCUGCCGUUCUCUGAGGGCAUGGUUCGGGAUUUGGUCACGAAGAAAGUGAACUGAUGGCGAUGGACGGGAGGGGGGAGGUUCUGUUUCACUUCUACCACUGCGUGUAUGACCCGAAGUAAUGCUAUACCACUCAGCCAUCCUC